AGUUUGCUUUGCGCUUCGCAACACUGUAGCAUUUGAAAUAGCGACAGCUGCCUGCAUCAGGCAGCGCCGGAGAAAAAACUUGUUAAAAUUUAGUUAAAACUCGAUUAAAUCAAUUAAAAAUGUACACAGAUGAAGUGCGAACACCACAAGCACUUAGGGCAAGGUAUUAUGCCAGCUUUAAUGAGAUAACACGUCGAGUAACAACAAGCGGUAGACGCAGCAGUACAAACAAUAAUUGUCUAUCGACGGCGACUGCGACAGCGACGCCUACGAAUGGCGCCAAGCAGCAGAAAUCAAGGAACAGUCCACAGAUGUGCACAAUUGUGUGCACUCCGCCUCCCAAGCGGCUACACAAGGUGCGCAAUCCAUUUGAAGGCGCUUUAACCGAUCGACUGCAUUUGCCGCUAAUCGCCAGUCCUUCGCUGUUUCAGUGCCGUUCGCGUACGCCACAAUUGUCGUCCACACAGUUUGAGUGGGACAUUGAAGAGGUGUCACAACUAAAGCCCGCCGAUGUAGAACCCCAUGAAACCCAAUUUCACGACUCACCCGAUCCUGAGCAGGAAUCAAAGGCUCAGCUGGCCAUCAGUGCUUUUUUUAAGGAAUCUCACAUAGUACCGAGUCCAGUGGAUUGUCCGCUGCGCAAGCAACGCAUCAUUCUACAUGAACACGAUGAUAAUACGCCCAUUUCGAACAAGACAAAGUUACGUUCACGUGACUGCGAAGUGCAAACGGAGCUCACCCUGCCGCCUGUGCUGCCCCAGGCCCUGGAGGAGGCACUGCGUCCCUAUUUCCAACCCCACUUGGCGGCCUCGCGUGUUAUCAAGUCCAGCGGCAGCGGUAGUGUUGACAUGUUCAACAGUUCCAUGCGACGCAAACUCUUCGAUCUGCAAAACAUUAUUGUGCUGGGAGAGCUGGAACAACUUCAGAACUCGGCUGCCGAGGAGCAUGCCCAGAUGGUCGGUUCCAGUCCCCAGCGUAAGCAAACGCUGUUCGCCGGCCGUCUCUCGGACUCCGCGGGCGAAGGCUCCAGCAGCUUUGGCUGCCUUUCGCCCAUACGCAAUCUUUGCGGCCUUCCGCCGGGCACACCGGAUGAUGGCAAUGGAGACGGCAAGCGGCGGCAGCUGCUUCACGAACUGAUCGAUCUGCCGUCGCCCAUUGCCCCGUCGGAGCAUUUGAGUAAGCGCCAGCAACGUAGCAUCAGCUGCAGCAGCAGCCAAAACAAUGCCACGAUCUCUGAGCUGACGUGCAAGUUCACGCCGGAUCGCAGCUCGUCACCCAUGGCGUUGGAGUACUCCACAGAUAGCAGCAUCAAUCAGCGUGUGAGUCGCUUGCAUGUGAAUAGCGCACGUCAAUUGCCCAGCGCAUCGCUGAUUGAAGAGCAGGCAGAGCAAGAGGAUGAGACUGAAACCGAUGGCGCCGAGCUGGAAACGGAUACGGAGGAAGAGGAAGGGGAUCAGGAAGAAGACGGCAUGCAAUUGUCACAGUUGUCUACAGUUAGCUUCAAUUGCAGCUCCUCCAAUUCGGACACGCCGCGUGGUCAUCGUCGUCGUCGCUCCGCCAAUCGCAAGAAUCUAUCGCAAUCGUUCAUAAUAAAUCCUCUGGAUGGUGGCGAAGAGAUUGAGCUGGAAGCUGGAGAACAGGUUCAUGAGAUGGAAAUUGUGACUGAAACAAAUACAGCCGCAACUGGACAACGCGUUGGAUUCUAUCGCACUGACAGUGGAUUCAAUGAGACCUCGAGUACUUCGCAUUUCGCCUGCUCCCAGGAGACGUCGCUGGAUGUUUCCAUGGUUUGUUGUUCGACACCUUCGACGCGUUCCUGACAAAAGUCUCGUUAAGAUUCUCCCAAAUACUACGUUUAGUUUUGUAGUCCAAAAUUUCAAUGCAAUAAUCAUUUCUGAAUCGAAUAGAAUGGAAAGGAAGACACGAAACAACUGCCAUUUUUAGCCCACCGUUGAUGACCACUAAGGCCUUUCUUAUUCGUACUAUUUAUUGUUAAGUUUAGUUCAAAAGUUUACUCUUACUAUUUUUAUAUGUGUUUUAGCAAAUUUUAAAUGUUCAUCAUGUGUCCCCAUAAAGCUGCCAAAAUAGCUGUAUAAGUUCAUGUCAUUUGCAAUUUCGUAUUAAUUGUCCAUACAAUAAUUUAAGUUAACCAUUUAAAUUUUUAUUGAAAUAAAGGAAUUCAACAA